AAACCAGUUGCCGCUGGGUUUGAGAUUCAUUUUUUAAACUAUUAACUAUCCCUCUAAUAAUGGCUCCUGUUACCCUUCAAAUGUAUCUGCAAGAUGUUACUAAUUGUAUCAACAAUCGAAACGGUAGAGGAUUGAGUCACUACCUUAUGUGUAGUGAUCCUCAUGUAUAUAAUUCUCGUCUAGCAGUGCCAGACCCAGAAAAUAUUGCUGUGUCGUACCUUGUAUCACCUUGGGAUGAGAUAGUUUCUGCUCAUGUGAGAUGUAUAUGGGCAAUGCGUAACCGUGAUUUCGAAGAAGCCUAUGCUUGUCAAAUAGUAUUAGUAAAGACUGUUGCCAAAGCACUCUCUGAAUUAAAAGAUGACAACUGGAUUUUACCUGUUGUACAUGCAGCUGCUAUUGAUUUAAGAAGGUUCGCUCACGGUUUGGACUCAAGGUUCACACCACAAUCGGAUAGUUUUCGAAAUCAAGGAAGAAGGAUGGAAAAUGCUGCUCAACUUAUUUUAAGGCUAUUUCAAAUAUGUGCAAGCGAUAGUCGUGCACAAGUUGAAGAUUCGAAAAAACUGGGUAUGAUGGGUUUAGCCAAUCAACUGUUUAAAAUUUACUUCCAGAUUAACAAACUGAAUUUAUGCAAAUCUAUGAUCCGCGCAAUCGAUAAUUUAAAUAUGAAUGAUCAUUUUAGUCUGGCACAACGUGUAACGUAUUGUUAUUAUGUUGGAAGAAAAGCAAUGUUCGACGGUGAUUUUGUGUCCGCCGAUAAAUCACUGACUUUUGCUUUUGAGCGUUGUUUAACGACGAAAUGGAAUAACAAACGUUUAAUAUUGAUUUAUUUAAUUCCUGUAAAAAUGUUACUGGGAGUACUACCCAAAGAAAGUCUUUUAUGUAAAUAUAAUUUGAAACAAUUCCAAGACAUUGCUGAUUCGGUCAAAACAGGAAAUUUACGUAAAAUGGACUCUGCCUUAGAAGAGCACGAAGCCUUUUUCCUAUCUUGUGGUGUAUAUCUGAUAUUGGAAAAGCUCAAGUUGACUGUUUAUCGAAGUUUAUUUAAACGAGUGUAAGUUUUUUUUCGCUCUUCUUUUUUUAUUUUUGUUAUGAAUUUUUCAGUUUCCAUCUCUUCUGUUGCUUUUCUGUUCUCUCAUUCAAUUUUAUAGUUGUCAUAUUAUGAAGACACAUCUACUACCGAUUGAAGUGUUUACAGCUGCACUACAUUUAAUGGGAGUUGAAGAUAUAGAUCCAGACGAAACGGAGUGUAUUCUGGCCAAUCUCAUUCAUGAAGGAAAAAUCAAAGGUUAUCUGGCACAUCAACAACAUAAAUUAGUUGUUAGCAAAUUGCAACCAUUCCCUCCGCUUACAAGUAGUAUGGCUAGCAGUUUAAAAUGAACUUCUAUCCAUCAUACUGGAUUAUCUCACCAAUGUUACUAUUUUAUACAAACAAAUAUUUUGUACAAAGUUUACCAAAUCUAAUUGUAAAGUGUAUAAAUACAUUUUCAUUAUUAGUGUUCUCUA